AUGGAGGACCUGCGCUCUUUUACGGGCCUCUUCCAGAUGCUGCUGGUGCUGGGGUUCGGGGGGAACCUCCUGGUGGGAUUCCAGAUCGCGGUCGUCGGCUUCCCUUCGGCGUUCAUCAAGGACUUCAUCAACGAGACCUCCUCGGGACCGACCGCUGCCCCUCGAGAGCAGACCCUCCUCUUCCUCUGGUCCCUGGUGGUCUCCAUCUUCGGCAUCGGGGGCCUCCUUGGGUCCCUCGCGAGCGGGUGUCUGGCCCUGUGGUUUGGCAAGAAGCGGACACUCCUGGGCAACGACCUCCUUGUCCUGCUCGCCUCCUUCCUCCUUGCCUUCAGCCAAAGCGCUGCUUCCCUCCCGAUGCUCCUCCUCGGCCGGUUCCUCUUCGGAGUCGGCGCCGAAUUCCAUAAUGUUUUGCCACCAUGUUGUGUCUCCUUGACCUUCCCGUCUUUCGUCCCUUCCUUCCUUCCUUCGUUCCUAGGCGUUUCGAUGGCUGUCCACCCGCAAUAUGCCGGGGAGGUCUCCCCAAAGAGGCUUCGGGGUUUCGCCAACGCAACGUCCGGCUUCUUCUGGUCCUUUGGGAAAUCCUUGGGGCAAAUAUUAGGACUCAGGGAGCUCCUGGGGUCGCAAGGGUCGUGGCCUUUCCUGUUGUCCUUUGUCGGGGUCGCGGCCUUUGCCCAGCUGCUGACCUUGCCCUUCUUCCCCGAAUCGCCUCCCUUCCUCUUGAUUCAGAAGAAAGACGAAGAGGGGUGCCGGAAAGGAGAAGAUGGGGGUCUGCGCUCUUUUACGAAUCUCAAGAUGUCAAUAAUGUUAUUGAUUGAUGGAUGGGUUAGGGGCCACGAAACCAAUCAAUCAAUGGGUUGCCUAUGGAAGACUAUAAAGAUCACCCACCCACUUACCCCCAAAGCCUUGCAGAGACUGUGGGGUCCUGGGGCCCACGAAGAAGGCCUGGCCGAGCUCAAGGCGGAAGCGACUCCGGACCCCCCCUUGAGCCCCUUGGCGCUGCUGAGAGACCCCGCCCUCCGGCCCCAGGUGCACAUCCUGGCCGCCUCCGUCCUCACCUUGCAGCUCUGCGGCAUCAAUGCGGUCUAUUUCUACACUUCUGAUGUCUUCCGCACUUUGGGGUUCAAGGAGGACCUGAUCCCUUACGUGUCCCUCGGAGUCGGAUUCUGCGAACUGGCUUCGGCCGUCCUUUGCGUAAGAAAGAGUCCCCGUGGGGAGAGAGAGAGAGAGAGGGCGGAAUACAAACACAGCCUUUCGUGACCGCUUCCCCCUUUCUCCGGCUCUGAGACAGAGACCUGCUUCCUCCCUUCCCCGGCUCUAACUGUAAUGCUCUCCGGUGGUCUUCCUCCUCCUCCUCCUCCCUCCUUUCUUCAGGCGCUGACCAUUGACCACUUUGGCCGCCGGGUCCUCCUGUGGGGCGGCUGCGGGGCCAUGUCCGCCACCCUGGGGCUGCUGACCCUUGCGCUCGGCCUCCAGGAUCGUCUCCCCUGGGCCUCCUGUGCCAGCGCCGCCCUUGUUUUCCUCUUCGUCGUCGCCUUCGGAUUGGGGCCUAACGGGGCUGCCAUGUCCGUCAUGAUGGAGAUUUUUCCUCAUUCAUCCCGCCCCUCGGCCUUCGUGAUUGGCGGUUGCCUCAACUGGGCGGGGCUCUUCCUCAUCGGGAUCACCUUCCCAUUCGCCGUGGGUGCCUUGGGGCCAUUCGUUUUCCUCAUAUUUGCCGUUGCCAUGGCAGCCUCCGGGACCUUCUUCUUCCUCUUCCUCCCGGAAACGAAGGGGAAAUCCUUGGCGGAAAUCGAUGCCGAGUUCAAGGCGGACCCGAGGCCGAGAAGCAAGAUGGCCGCCGUCUUCCGGAAGGGCUUCCGGAAAGAUCUAUCCCCCUACGAGAACUUCUGAAUUGUUUUCUGUGUAUUUGGUUUCCAGAUUUGUAAUGUGUCAAUAAACAAAUUGUAAACAA